UAUAAGGGUUUGGAAAGUGCACUAGUCUGCGGGUUCAUUUGUCCACCAAUAUCUAUUAUCAGGGUUAGGGUUUGGGUUAAGUUUGUUGAUACCCAUAUUUAUAGUAUUCUUAUAGCGGCGGAUUAGUGAACCCCUCUCAGUCUUUUUCUCCGGGACCUCCCACAGCUAAAGCUUUCGAAAGACACCUACGACGAGCAAAGGAAUUGUUGAAAUAAAGUUGAACCACAUGUUAGUCCAUUUCUGUCCACCCUGCGCCCCUCCCCUUUAUCCUGGCAACCAAUUGUUGAGUAUUUGUUGUAAAAGAGUGUUUUACAUUUGCUCCCGGGCUGUAGUGAAUAGUAAUGAUUUUGAGGCGGAAGGAUCUAGAAGUAAACAUGAAUUAGGGAAAUCCCCUACUAAAAUGGCGUACCAUUCCUUUGACUUCUGUGAUGACACGGUUAAAGAAAAUCAUGGAAACGGUCAACCCCGUUCAAUAUUUUUAUCAGAUGAUUAUGACUAAGUUGGACGCGUAUGGUUAUAAAAAUUAAAGUCAUCGGAAUGUUCAAAGAAAUGAAUUAUACUAAGAAAUGUCAUGGAUUUAACAUAGAAGUUGGGGGUUGAGAAUUACUAGUCUGAAUCCAGACUGGUUUUACGGAGUUAGCUCCCUUAUUCAAAGUAUUUUGUAAAUAAUCCGGGAAGGUUUAAGUUUCAAAACAAAACUAUUAAUAUUAUGCUUGUAUGUGACAGUGACAAGACCAGAAAACAGCGGUAAAAUGAAAAUAAGAAGAGGUGUAGCAUAUAAACAACUGAAGCAAUCCAAACAUCUUAGCGACAGUGACGACAGUGACGAUGAAGAUUUACAUGGAAGUGAUGAUGAUGUCCUUUUCGAUAGAGGGUCAAAAGGUCGUUUACUUGUUAAAGAGAACGAGAAAUUAGGAGAGCAUGUAAAACUAAAAAUGAUGGGAAAAAGACCACGAAAACCAAAAUAUAAAAAAAGCAAUGCAGUACCGGGGAUAUUUAAAAAUAUGAGCUGUAAAAUGUGUGUCAUUCUGUCUUUAUCCCUGAUAUUUAUCGGAAGUGCUGUGACUAUUCCUGUUCUGCACUGGCACAAAAUAGGAGGAGGAGGAGGAGGAACCGUUGUCAACGUGGAAGAUUGGAGUCUGCUUUAUAAUGAUGCAGCAACGGAAUCAGUAAUACGUCUUUUAGAUGUUGAUAAUGAUGGUAAAGAUGAUUUAUUGAUUGGAAUCGUUGAAUUCGUGUCAAGGGAAAACAAAUCAUCAGCACACACACUAGAUGUCAUUGAUGACUUCAAGGGUAUUGUGAUAGCUGUACGAGGUUACGACGGGAAGGAACUGUGGAGAACGGAAAAAUUCGGUUCAAGUAUUUUGUUUAUGAAUUGUCACGAUAUAGAUGUAAAUAAUGACAGCAGAAUAGACUGCAUUGUAACGGGUCGUAACGCAACAAUAGUGGCCAUUGAUGUAACGAACGGUGAUAUAUUAUGGAGGUCUAAAUCCGAGAAACAUUAUCGACCCACUUGGAAUAUAUACCAGGUGUCAGCAUUGCCUGAUUUUACGUCAGAUGGUAUCCAAGAAUUACUUGUGACACAUGGAGGUGAUCCUAAGGCAGAACCUGAAGAUCAUAAAAGAGAGUCUGGACGAUUGAUUCUAAUCUCAGGACGGGACGGGAAACCAUUGGGGAAAUUUUACAAAUUACCGCAGUUUAAAGAAACGUACAUGACAUCGGUAAUAUAUACAAGAUCAUUGGGAGAUCAGUACAUCUUGUAUGGUACAGGUGGGGAAACAGUCCCAGGGGCUCUAUUGGGGAUAUCUGUACCAGAUUUUUAUAGAAAGGUCAUGGACCGUAAACCUGAUUCUCCAGUGCCUUCGGUAAAUAUAUCGUUAUACAGCAGCAUUCCACUGGAAAAAAAAGAAGGAGUUAUGAAAUUAAUCAGUGGUAUGAAGAAAGGUGUUAUGGUGCCUCCUAUUAUAGUCGAUGUGAAUAAUGAUGGUGUCGCAGAUAUCUUGGUUUCAUUAUUCGAUGGUAAACUGGUUUUAUUGGAUGGAAAAACCCUAGAUAAAAAAUGGACUGCUGAAUUCCCUAACUUCGAAUUUUACAGUACACCGGCCCCUGGUUAUUUUGAUGAGGAUGAUUACCUAGAUUUUAUGUUUCAUGUUAGUCAAGGAGCUUGGAUGGACUACAACUAUACAAGGCAUGUUGUUAUUAGUGGUAACGAUGGAACUAUUUUAUGGGAGAUGGUAUCCAAUGGAUACGACAUGUCAUCAGAUCUGGUUGUCAAGACAACACAACAUUGUGACCUCUUUAUCUUUAGAAUGAUUGGUAGAAAGAAAUCUGCUUACUCCAUUAAUGAUAAAACUGGAAAUAUAGUACACCAUUUACAAGACCGAACUGAAAACAUUAGUGAGCCAGAGAACAUUAGUGAGACAAAACCAAACAUUAGUGAGACAAAACCAAACAUUAGUGAGACAAAACCAAAGAUUAGUGAGGCAAAACCAAAGAUUAGUGAGACAAAACCAAACAUUAGUGAGACAACACCACACAUUAGUGAGACAAAACCAAACAUUAGUGAGACAAAACCAAACAUUAGUGAGGCAAAACCAAAGAUUAGUGAGACAAAACCAAACAUUAGUGAGACAACACCACACAUUAGUGAGACAAAACCAAACAUUAGUGAGACAAAACCAAACAUUAGUGAGACAAAACCAAACAUUAGUGAGACAAAACUAAACAUUAGUGAGGCAAAACCAAACAUUAGUGAGACAAAACCAAGCAUUAGUAAGACAAAACCAAACAUAAGUAAGGCAAAACCAAACAUUAGUGAGGCAAAACCAAACAUUAGUGAGGCAAAACCAAACAUUAGUGAGACAAAACCAAACAUUAGUGAGACAAAACCAAGCAUUAGUAAGACAACACCAAAUAUUAGUAAAACAACACCAAACAUUAGUGAGACAAAACCAAACAUUAGUAAGACAACACCAAAUAUUAGUAAGACAACACCAAACAUUAGUGAGACAAAACCAAACAUUAGUGAGACAACACCAAAUAUUAGUGAAAUAAUACCAGAUAUUGGUGAGACAAAACCAAACAUUGGUGGGACAACACCAAACAUUGGUGGGACAACACCAAAUAUUAGUGAGACAAAACCAAACAUUAGUGAGACAACACCAAACAUUAGUAUGACAAAACCAAAUAUUAGUGAGACAACACCUAAUAUUAGUGGGACUACACCAGACUUGAACAAGGCAACUGGGAAUAUGAGGCCCAAGCGACAUGAGUAUAUAGAAGUUACCAAUGAAAUUUACAAUUUAACUGCAGCAGAAUGUUUAGACCGAAAGAAGGACUACGAAAAACACCAUAUAACUUGUGGACAAGAUUCUGUUAAACUGGAUCAGGAAAUCUUUAUUGUUGGUCGUGCAACAAAUUACCAACCAAUUAAAGUACUGGACGCCAAGGCUACAGAAUAUAAAUAUGAUGUAGAGAAUAAACAAUGUGGUACACUAGGUGAACACAGAACUCAAUGUAUCUUAGCCAUCCCUGAUGGUAGACUGACAGGGGCUGUUGGUAAUUUAGAUGGUUAUGGCAAUCUUCAGUUAGUAGCACAGAUACUUUAUAAUGCUCACAUGGUUGAUGAUUCCUACGAAUUGAGGAAGCAGAAACUUUUCACAAAAUUGCAACGAGUUGAUUUGAGACGAGUUCUUGAGACAGGAAUUAGAAUUAACUCAAAAAUAUAUAUGAAGAUAAAACCCAAACAUCAAAAAUCUUCAGACGUCCAUUUUUUACCUAAAGAGAAACAAAGAUGGCUGGAAUAUUUGGGAUCUAAUAAUGACAAUGUUUAUUGAUAACCAUAGUUUAUUUCAACGAAACAUUCAAGAUAUAUGAAGAGUCCUGGGGAAGAACGAUCUAAGUCACUUUUUCAAUGAACCCCAGUUAAUGGCGCCAUCUGGUAGCAAAUUGUAUAAGACAAAAAUGAGACUUAGAUUGUUCUGUUAAAUUUAGCAAAGCAAUCCAGCUUUAAUUUGGAUCAAUCUGAUUAAAACACAGAUCCUAUUUUGUUUCGAUUUACUUGUUUUUACUACACUAGGAUCUGGAAGAGUUGUUACAUGUACAUAACCCACGUUCUGUAUGAUGUGAGGGUUUAGCCAAUGAAACCGUCUGUAACAGCAAUUUUUUGGCGUGAGGUGCACAGAACUUUGGGUAAACCACUAGAUAGGUCAACACUGAUUUAUUAAUCAAUGUGUGAUGUCAUAUGGUCAAAAGCCGCUCGUAUGACAUCUGAUGGUCAGAUCUUCAUGUAGUGUAGGCCAUCGAAAGUAUAAAAAAAAAUGAAACGAAAUAUAGAUUUGUAUUUUAAUUGGAUUGAAUUUUGAUUGAAUAUGUUAAACCAGACUCUUGCUUGCCCGGUUAUUUUUGUACUAUUUUAUUAUAAUUUACUAUUUUUGUUAUUUGUUUUUUUUAGUUGAUGUUUUUUUUAUUGACUUGGACUUGUUCAUUUAGCAGUUAGUUUGUACAAUGUUAAUAUUUUGUUGUCAGUAUUUUUGUUGCACAGUUUUUCUGCUUUGUAUAUUUGGAGAGAAAGUCCCCUUGUUUGUGGGUUCGCGUGGUUUCGAAUCCCCGGUUGUACGUGACAAGGAGUAGGGUCGCCUGUCCAACUUUGUGGGUUUUCUCCGGGUCCGCCCACUGCUAAAGACCCCUACGCGCAAGUGAAUUAUGUAAAUAAAAUUAAACCAUAUGUAAGUCCCGAAAUGACCUAGUUUGUGUCGAGUGGACCUCUCUCUCUCUCUCUCUCUCUCUCUCUCUCUGGUGUGCACGUAAAAGAACCCUUAACAGUUGGAAUUGGAAAUAAGAGUAGGAUGUAACACCACUGUUAUGGCAAAAUUUCAUUCAUAGCACACUGCAUGGUGUAUGCCGGUCUUCAUUAGCCUCGUCCUACAGAGCAGUAGACAUUAAACCCCAUAUUCUUUCAUUUGUGGGUUCACUGUAGGAAAACAAACUGUUGAAUAUAUAAAUUUCAAAAUAAACAGGAUUUUUUUAAAAGGAAUUUAUGGUGCUCAUUAACUGAUUGCGUUCCUAUCGUGAGUCUACAUGUACAGCGUACACACAUCCGUAGGGGGGUGGAUGGCGGAAUGGUUAGCGUGUGUCCCCAGUAUCAUAAGGUCUGUCAUUGAGUCAACUGGCGUGGUUUCGAUUCCCCGGUUGUACGUGACAAGGAAUAAGGUCACCUGUCGAUCCUCAUGAAUUUUCUCCCACUGCUAAAGACCCCUGGCCAAGCAAAUUAUUGAAAUAAAAUUGAACCAUAUGUUAGUCCCGAAAUGACCUAGUUUGUGUUGAAUGGAGGUUAAACCCCAUUUCUCUCUCUCUCUCCCUCUCUUCUCCCUCCCUCUCUCUCUCUCUCUCUCCCUCUCUCCCUCUCUCUCUCCCUCCCUCGCUCUCUCUCUCUCUCUCUCUCUCUCUCUCUCCUACCUGAACCUACACACAAACAAACUUUCUCUGUUAUAUUAUGUAGAGAUGUGUAUAUAAACAUGUUUAAAUAUAUAUUUUUUAUAUUAGAAUAUUUACUAUAAAUGACCCUAAGAAGGGUUAUAUUAGAAUGGGGAUCAUGUGGCUAAGUGGGUAAGACGCUAGCUCGCUAGCCUGGAGGUCGGUUGUUCGAUCCCUGCAUUGGCCGAGAAAGUUCAUCCAAAUUUUCCGGCGUGGUUCUCCCUUGUCAGUGAUGCAGGACGGAGGGGCUGACAAGGAAAGCGGUCUAGUCGUUCGGAUGGGACGAAAAACCGAGGCCCCGUGUACACAUUGGCGUGCACGUAAAAGAUCCCUUGGCAGUUGGAAUUCGAUAUAAGAGUAGGCUGUAAUGCCGCUGUCCGGGCAAAAUUUCCCGCAUAGCACACUGUAUGGCGUAUGCCCGUCUUCAUUAUCCCAGGUUAGGAGCAGAACAGUAGGACGUUAAACCCCAUUUCAUUUCAUUUCAUUUCAUUUCAUUUCAUUUAUAUUAGAAUAUUUACUAUAAUGCCCAGUGGUUAUUAUUAAAUGACCCUAAGGGUUAUAUUAGAAUAUUUACUAUAAUGCCCAGUGGUUAUUAUUAAAUGACCCUAGGGGUUAUAUUAGAAUAUUUACUAUUUUGCCCAGUGGUUAUUAUUAAAGGACCCUAAGGGUUUUAAUAUAUUGAUAUAAUCAUGUUUCACUCAAUUUUUUUUAUAAAUUUUAUAAUUUAAAUGAAAUAGAUAGCUUCUGUAGUUGCCGAGGAAAGGGCAUCUCUAUGCAUAGAUAUUUUAUGAAAUUAACUUGCCUUACAGACACGAACAUGCCUCUGGAUAAUAAAUCCGUGCUUUGAAAAUUUUAAAGCCGUGCUCUGAAAAAAAUGUUUUGUAGCUUUGUGAAUAUGUGAAGAUCGUGUGGGGAAAAUGAACUAUCAUUAUGAUCAUCGACCACUUCGAUUUCUGUUUCAAAAGUUUCGUAUUGUUUAUUGUUGACGUAUUCCCACAAUCACGUAAAGCAAGAAAAUUACAUGGCAGAACACCGUCAGGUUCUGGGCCCUGUUUCUCGAAAUCUUAACUAAAUUUUAGUAGAUACUUCAAUUUUGAUUGGCUAAGCACUAAAAUUAACCUAAUAUUAUCCAAUUAAAUUGCUAAAAUUUGGAUUUUACCUUAUUUAAAUUUUCGUGAAACAGGCCCCAGGUGACCGUGAAAGUUCGUUUGCCUUUGGACUUUGGAUAUUUCCAUUGACCUUAUAUUAUAAGGUCCAUGAUAUUUCUUUGGACUGCUAAUAAUACCAUGGACCGUAUGAUAGGUGUAUUAUAAAGUCCAUGAUAAUACGAACACGCGGUUAUAAAUAUAAAUAUGUUAAUUCUGUUAUAUUUUUGUUAUAAAAGUGUAAGCGGGAUACUGUGUUAUCGGAAGUCAAAUACUGGAAAUUUUCACGGAACCCCAAUUAAACCUUAAAAUAUGCCCUGGUAUCAACAUGACCUGUGUUUAUCAAUACUUAGCUUAAAUCUGAAUCAUUCCAAUAUUUUGUAUACAUUUGUUAUAUAUUUUAUACUUUAUUAUUGUAACUUUUAUAAUUGCUUACAGAAAUUUUAUAUAAAAAAUAGUUUAAACUGGG